GCGUCUGACGUCACUGCGCGGCGCGGUCAGAUCUGGGGACCGCGCGAAGCCUCGUUUUCCCGAGCCCGGGCGGUCGGUGACGCGAGUGGGGUAGUUGGCCGAGCGGGCGCAGGGCGAAAGUGCCAGCCAUCGCCGCGGGAGAGAGGCGCGGUAGGAUCGGGUACGGGGUGCCGUGGGCCAGGGGUGCGGGGAUCCCGCCGUGCCUCCCGCCCCGUCUCCGCCCUGCAGGCUUCCGGGCUGGCCUGUCUCUAGGGCCGCCGGACUCGUUGCUAAGGACCUUGAAGCUGCCGAGCGCCGAGAGCGCACCCUUCCUUUCCCGGGGUCAGGCUUUGGCGGAAAGUAGCCCGCCCUUCCUCCCAGCUCCCCGGCUCCUUAAAACAAAACAAAAAAGCCAAAAAACCCCAAAAACACUCAACUCUGUUUUUCUGGAUUUUUUUCCUACACGUCCUCCUGAUUUUCCAACUUUGAUACCACUCUGUCCCUGAACGGGUCUUAAGUGUUUGGAAGAGUGUGGUGUUAGAGAGGAAGAGGGUAGGAAAAUGGAAAGCAAAUUUAAGACCCUUAAUAUUGGCCCUGUGGAUUUAUGGUAAAAAGGGAUUGAGAUAGGUGGAUAUUGGGCUCUGUGGCUGCACUCUGGAAUUUGAAGGAGCUUUAGAGAUGGGUCACGGCUUCUUCAGUGGGAUGCCUGUCACUUCUGGAACUUUCUGAACAACGGAUGAGAGAGUAGGAAAAAAAGGUGGCCUCUGCCCCUUGAGAAUUUAGCAAGCCUUUUAGUGCGGUGGUCUCAAAGCGUGGUCCCGGAAGAAAGUGCAUAUAGGGAAAGAAAUAGGAUAUGUGAGCUGUCCAAAACAAUGAAAACCAAAGUGUGCUUUUCCUAGCACUGACACGGAUGUCUAUGGCCCCUUUCGGAUGAUCCGCGGCACCUAAGGAGACGAAAGGGAAAAUGAGGGUUCUGCUGUUGGGGCCCUGCUUGAUUUGCUUGCUCUCUGGUAUUAUGACAUAGUUUAGAUGUUUGGGUCAAGGGGAUUCUAGUGCCUGUUUAGAAUCUUUCUAUUGUUUUGUAAAAGAAUGAGAGGUGACUGCGAUAAUAUUUGUAGCAGGAAACAGUCCUUACCUUUUCACUUCCUUCCACCAUUAUUACCUCUUUACACCACCCUCCUCAUGUUAUUUAAUGAAAAAAUACUUAAAAGAGUUGUUGAGUGUAAGAUGAAUUAAGUCUUUUUUCUUUUACAAACAACUCAUGUUCCGGUUUUGUUGUCAGUGGUAUGCUCCCAGAUGGGCAUCUUUUUAAAAAAUCCAGCAGACUUAAUUUGUAAGGCACUUGGAUGUGGUCACAUCAUGUUUGAACUAUCUUGGGGCUGAGUUAACGGAGUUUUGUCCUCCUUGUGAAGAAUUCUAAUUUGGCAAGUGGAUUAAAAUCAUCUCAUGAGGAAUCACUUGCCAAAGCAUCAAUGUUUAUCCUGAAGAAGAGAAAACGAAGGAGUCUGUGUCUCCAAUAUUUGAAAAACUCAUUUGGAAGUGGAAGAAGAUUUCAUCUAUGUUGCCUUAAAGGAAGAUCUUACAGCGUGAAAGGGAAGCAAUGCAGAAAUCAGAGUGCCACGGAGGCGUUCAGCUGAGAAACAGAGGGGCAGAUAACUGUGAUCAAAGGACAUCAUCGAGCAUACAAAUAAAACAUAGGACUACAGUUCAACAAGGCAAAUCCUCAUCAUCAACCAGUUCCCCAGAGUCCGCAAGAAAAUCUCAUCCUCGACCAAGUGAUAAACUUAACCCUAAGACAAUUAACCCGUUUGGUGAACAGUCCCGAGCCCCUUCUGCAUUUGCGGCUAUUUACUCUAAAGGAGGUAUUCCUUGCAGAUUGGUCCAUGGUUCAGUGAAACACAGACUGCAGUGGGAAUGUCCUCCUGAAAAUCUUCCAUUUGAUCCUCUUCUUAUUACUUUAGCAGAGGGUUUGAGAGAGACUAAACAUCCAUACACCUUCGUGUCAAAGGAGGGAUUUAGAGAAUUACUUUUGGUCCAAGGAGCUCCUGAAAAAGCUGUGCCUUUGCUUCCAAGACUGGUUCCUGUGCUAAAGGCGGCUCUGGUACACCUGGAUGAUGACGUGUUUGCAAGAGGUCUGAAUGCUCUCGUGCAGCUAAGUGUCGUCGUUGGUCCUUCUCUGAAUGACCAUCUGAAACAUCUGCUGACAAGUCUUUCCAAGAGACUGAGGGAUAAGAAAUUCAAAGAGCCCAUCACCAGUGCAUUACAGAAGCUAGAGCAGCAUGGUGGGAGUGGAAGCCUUAUCAUCAUCAAAUCUAAAAUUCCAACAUAUUGUUCCAUAUGCUGUUGAAGGAAGGAGCCCACAAAAAUCUCCUUACUUCCUGGUGACAGGUGUGAAAUGCUGGCCAUGGGCACCUAUGGUACCUUUUCAGAUUCACUUCAGGUUGUUCUUUUGUAAAUCACAGCCACCAUUCAUUCCUUACUAGUUUAAGAUGAGUAAACCUAGUUCCACUGAAUCAUAAUAAAAGUUACCCAUCAACAGGAAAGAAUGGUCAGUGAUGGGGAGUUGUUAAAAACAGUUCUACAGUAGUAUAAUUUUGUGGGGUCGGUUUUUCAUAUAUUUACAGCUUAGUGCAAACAACCAUUACUGGGUUUAUAGUAGAUGCAUUUGUAUUUAUUUUCUAAUGCUUUGUAUUUAUAAUAUCCCUUUCACACUCAGUUUGUAGCUGUGUGCUUAUUUUUAGACAUUUUGUCAUUUUGUCAUUUAUCAAAGCUAUGGAAAUUUAAAGUAUGGAUAAACAUUUGUGAGUUCACUUUUAAUUAUUGUCUGUACAUAUGCAUCUUACGAUGUAGAAUCCUUGGAAAAAGUCCAUGCCAGAAUAUUCUAGUUUAAGAAUUUUUUUUACAUGUGUAAAUUCUCUUGUAAGUAUGUUGUUUAUUACAACUUAUUAAAACUGCCUAAACUUUAGGUGUUGGGUUUUAUUUAAGUAAAUGUCAUUUUUGUAUCCCGUAGUCUGAAAAUACUGAAGAUACUCAUGUCACGAAGAUCUUUAGAAAUUAAAAUCUGAAAACAUUUAAAUGCA